AACAAAGGGCAGCCAGCGCCCAGUCCCAAGGCAAGGCCAAAUCAGAAAGCCAAACAGACCCUUACUAGCCCUCCUCUGCCCUUUCUUUACAUUCAAUCGCUCUUAAUCAGUAGUAAUCAGUAAUCCCCUCUUCUUCUUGUAAACGGGCCUCCGUUCCUGAAAACGCCGUUAAGUCACGUGCCUUGGCGCUGGUCUAGUCCUGUCCUGUGUAUGGCGCUGGAGGAGCGAUUGACUCUCGACCCCUCGCCGGUCGACGCCGACCCAGACGCCGCUGCUAACGGCGGCGGAGACGACGGAAGCAGGACGCUGAGGCUGCCGCGUUGGACGAGGCAGGAGAUUCUGGUGCUAAUACAGGGCAAGAGGGCGGCGGAGAGCCGGGUUCGUAGGGGCCGGACCGGCGGGCUGGCUCUGGGGACCGGCAUGGUGGAGCCGAAGUGGGCUUCGGUGUCGUCGUACUGCAGGCGGAACGGGGUCAACCGGGGGCCGGUUCAGUGCCGGAAGAGGUGGAGCAAUUUGGCGGGAGACUAUAAGAAGAUCAAAGAGUGGGAAUCGCAGGCGAGGGACGAGGGGGAGUCGUUUUGGGUGAUGAGGAGCGAUUUGAGGAGGGAGAAGAAGUUGCCGGGAUUCUUUGACAGAGAGGUGUACAAUAUACUGGACGGUGGGUCCACGGUGGCUCCGCCGCCGUCGACGGCGGAGGAGGUUGAGGCCGAGGCGGUGUUUGACAGUGGGCGGAGUGCGGCCGUGGAGGAUGGGUUGUUUUCGGAUUUUGAGCAGUCGGCGCAGGAGGAGGCUGGUGGUGGCAGAACCCCUCCGGAGAAGGAGUCUCCGGCGGCUCAGGAGGUUUCGGCGAUGACCGUAUCUACGCAUGCUCCAAGUUCAGGAAAACAAUCUCAACCUUUUGCUCAAGGCUCUCCGUCUCAAGGUGCAACACAUGGGAAACAAAAAAACAGCUACCCUGAGACGGGGGCGACUUCUCAGGAAGGACGUAAGAAGAAACGGUUUGCUGCAGAUGGAGACGAUGAAACGAACACCCUGCAAAGCCAGUUGAUAGACGUCUUAGAAAGGAAUGGCAGAAUGCUGAGCGCCCAACUUGAAUCGCAUAACACCAACUUUCAACUAGAUAGGGCUCAGCGCAAAGACCAUCAGGAUAGCUUAGUUUCAGUUCUAAAUAAACUGGCGGAUGCGUUGGGCAGAAUUGCUGAUAAGUUAUAGUAAAUUGGCAUCAGAGCAGAGUGUAUAUAGCAACAAAAAUUACAUCAGAGUUGGAUGGGUUUUCACAUGAUUCUUCUUCUUCUUCUUCUUCUUUGCCUUGGUAGGGCUUCUUUGGCAUUAGAGAUACAGUAGAAUAAUGGGGAAUUAGAGAGUUCCUGGUAUAAUUUCAUGUAAUUCUUGUGUAAAUAUUAUCAGUAGUAUCAUUGUCGUGCAGAUUUGAACUAUGAAGUUGAGCCAUUACUUGGUCACUCCCCAGUGUUGAAAGGGUUCGAGGAUGUGUUGUUGAGAUGAAAGAUAGCGAUGCAACUGCAAGUGUCAGUGGGUCGGUUGCAUGUUUACCUCCGUCGUUGAAUGGAGGUUCGUAUUCAACACUCUUAACGUCUAGACAACAGCAGGGGUAAACGUGUAAUUUUACUGAGCCAGCUCAUAAAUUCGGUCGACGCUUUAACCAAAAUCAAUCGAUGAUGAUGAUGAUGAUAUUAAUAUCAUCAGUUGGGCUUGGAGACUUGCAAGGCGGCUACAUGGCCAACCUUCACCCAGUAGGCUAGUGAGCAGUUACCACACCGAUUGACUUCUUGGGAAAAUUACGGCUCUCACGCAUUUAUAUCAGAGAAUAAUAU